GGAGUCUGAAGGUGGGGAGGGAGAAGAAAGGGGAGAGAGGAGGAAAAGGGGAAAGGCAGAUACUACAGAACCGGGGGGAGGACGGCGGAUGAUUUACGCUUUAAAAAGUUGCAGCACGACAAUUUUGAGAGUCGCGGCGAAGCGGAAUAAAACACGAUGAUAACGCCGUACUUCCUGGAGAGUUUCUGGGGAGAAAAAAACAAUGGCUUCGACGUGCUCUACCACAACAUGAAGCAUGGCCAAAUAUCGUCCAAGGAGCUGACGGACUUCAUCAGAGAAAGGAGUACUAUUGAAGAGGCCUAUGCCAGGUCUAUGACCAAACUUGCCAAAUCAGCGGGCAACUUUUCCCAGCUUGGCACUUUCGCUCCAGUGUGGGAUGUGUUCAAGAGCUCGACAGAGAAGCUGGCCAGCUGUCACUUGGAGCUGGUGAGGAAACUGCAGGAACUUAUUAAAGAGGUUCAGAAGUAUGUGGAGGAGCAGGCCAAAGCACACAAGAAGACAAAAGAGGAAGUGGCGUCCACCCUGGAGGCCGUGCAGAACAUCCAGACCACCUCUCAGGCCCUGCAGAAAUCCAAGGAGAUCUACAACGCCAAAACUGUGGAGCAGGAGCGCCUCCGCAAAGAGGGGGCCACCCAGAGAGAUGUGGACAAGGCUGGAGUGAAAGCCAAAAAAGCCACAGAGACCUACAAGUCGUACGUGGAGAAAUAUGCCACGGCCAAGUCCGAGUUUGAACAGAAGAUGGCGGAAACUGCACAGAAAUUCCAAGACAUUGAAGAAAACCACAUCCUACACAUGAAGGAGAUCAUCCAGUCGUACUCGCAGUCUGUCGAAGAAACACACUCUCAAAUCGGAGAGGUCCACACCGAGUUUGUGAGGAACAUCGAGAACACCUCAGUGGAGAGCUUAAUACAGAAACUGGCUGAGAGCAAAGGAACGGGGAAGGAGAGGCCAGGGCCCAUUGAGUUUGAGGAGUGCAACGCAGCUAUCGCCACUGAAGGUGCUAAACCCAGAAGAAGAAAACCAUUUGGCAUCCCAGGCCGCAGGAAAGACAAGGACACAGACUCAACGGAGUCGACAGAAGUUGAAGCUGCUAACACUGCCAACGGUGCUCCCCCCGGAUACUACGGCUCCAUAGACAUCCAGAACGCUAACGCCCCACAGGUGGAUGCAGAGGGCUUCUGCAUCAGACCGGAGCUCAAUGAAAACGAUGCCAAAGAGAAUUCCUUCUACUCGUCCAGCGACUCAGAGGACGAGGACGAACCCAGGAAGUUCCACGUGGAGAUCAAACCCGUGCAGCCCAACAACGGCACACAUCAAAACCGAGCCACCAUCGACGAGCUGAAAGCCUCCAUCGGAAACAUCAUCCUGUCGCCUUCUACCUCGGGUCAGAUGCGGAGGAAUCAGUCCAGCGAUGAGCUAGCAAAGCCAAGAGUGCCAACAUCAUACGAUCUGGCCAACAACGACCUUCUCUCUCUGGAUCCGUUCAGUCCCACUCUGGCAGGAAACUCCUCUCUCUCCGCGUCCUCAUCAGCAGACCUCGCUUCUCUCUUCCUUUCAAUCCCUUCUUCUCCAUCUUUACUGAUGGAUGACGUCUUUCUGCCGGAGGCCGCAGCUGAGACGGCGCCCCAACCCGAGUGCUCCCCGCCCCUCGCAGAGAGCCUCGCAGAACAGUCCAAAGAAGUCUCCUAUUUCUCCUCGUCCACUUCCUCUCCCUGGGAUUCGCCAGAAAACCCUUUCCAAGCACUCAAGCCCGUACCAGCGAGGGCCCAGAGCGCCCCCAUCACCCUGCCCACCGAGCAAGUCGACCCCAUCAACAGCCCGGCGCCCUCCAGCCCUCCAAAGAGCGUCGACGCCUUCUCCUCGGUGUCCUGGUCCCAGUGCCAGUGGAUCGCCUUCAGUGAUGACGUCGCUCCUCCUCGCCGUCAGGGUUCGGGGGCGUCUGUGAAGGAGCUCCAGAGACUGCAGUCUGGCUCGGGCAGGUCGACUCGCCUCCUCUCUGACGACUCUGCCGAGGCGUGCGGCGGAGCUUCAGGCGGCAGAGAGGACGGAAACCCCGGCAUCUCGGAUGUCUUCUCUGGGGUCACGGAUAGGGCGAUGGCGGCUGCUUCUCUAUCGUCCAAAAUCUUCACUGUGCCACUUCCAAACCGGCCUACGACUCCGUUGACAGCUGGAGCCCUGGUGCCCCCACCUCGACCCUCGUCCAGGCCCAAACUUUCCAGCGGGAAGCUCACAGGAAUCAAUGAAAUUGUACGGCCGUUUAGCCCACCCAAGACCUCGAACGCCAGCCCUCCUCCUAAUUCUGCCCCUCUCGCCCGGGCAGAGAGCUCCUCCUCCUUGUCCUCGAACGCCUCGCUCAGCGCUGCAAACACGCCCACUGUUGGGACAUCUCGCGGUCCCAGCCCUGUGACCCUGGCAUCCCAAGAUGCUUUGCCCAUUGCCGUGGCCUUCACAGAAUCGGUUAAUGCUUACUUCAAAGGAGCUGAUCCCACUAAGUGCAUUGUGAAGAUCACCGGAGACAUGACCUUGUCGUUCCCAAUGGGCAUCAUCAAGGUGUUCACCACCAACCCCUCCCCCGCCGUGCUCACCUUCAAACUGAAGAACACCAGCCGACUGGAGCAGAUCCUGCCCAACCAGCAGCUGCUCUUCAGCGAUCCUUCCCAAAGUGACUCGAACUCCAAGGACUUCUGGUUCAACAUGCAAGCACUGACGUCCUACCUCAGGAAAGCCGCCGAUCAGAGUCCUUCAGCUUCCUACUAUAACGUGGACAUCCUCAAAUAUCAGGUGCAGUCUGAUGGGAUUCAUUCCACCCCUCUCAACCUGGCCAUUUACUGGAAGUGCACACCGAGUACGUCGGACCUGCGGGUGGAUUACCGAUACAACCCCGAGUCCAUGGCCUCACCAGGUCCGCUCACCAACAUCCAGGUCUUAGUGCCUGUUGAUGGAGGAGUCACCAGCAUGCAGUCUCUGCCCAACUCCCUCUGGAAUGCAGAGCAGAACAAGUGUCUGUGGAAGCUGAGUGACAUCUCAGAAAAGUCAGAAAAUGAAGGCGCAGGUUCUCUGAGGGCCAAGUUUGAGCUGUCGAACGGCCCGUCAAACCCCUCCACCCUGGCGGUGCAGUUUAUGAAUGAGGGGAGCACCCUGUCAGGAGUGGACAUGGAUCUGCUGGGGACGGGGUACAGACUGUCUCUCAACAAGAAGAGAUUUGCAACAGGACGUUAUAUGGCAGAUUCCUAAAUUGACCCAUCACUCUGGUUUCUCAACAAAAGAAAAAAAAAUCUUGCUUGACACAACAUUUGCGAGGCUGCCCAAGAACUCCGGAUCCAUCCGAGCACAGUUUUGCAUUUCGCCCCGGCAAGCGAGAAUCUCACUACAAUAAAGCAGCACUGAGUAUUGAACACUGUUUAAAUAAAAGAAAAGAAAACUUAAGACGAGCUUUCAGGAAAUGUGUAGAUAUGAAGUCUAAGAAUGCUUUCUGAUCAAUUCACUUCUGUAUAGUCUGAAAGACAAUUUAUGGAUUAGAUAUAAAUCUAUAUUGUAUUUGAAAUCAUGAAAAAAAAAAACAAAGAAAAAAAUGCACUAACAAUCUUUCCGAUGCUUCUUCUUGCUCCUCUUUGUAUCCAUCUUUCAAGAGCCUUUCAGGAAUAUAAAACAAAAUCCACGUCUGCACGGAGGAGAAGAAAAGGUUUCCUCUCUCUCCGAUCUGUAAAUAUUAACGCUGAAUUUUCCGCUCGACCAGCUCUGACUCAACUCAAAUCAGUUUUGUUUACUGGUUUUCCUCUCUUCCUUUUUCCUCCUCACGAUUUGUCGUUUUUGAUCAUGUGCAAUGAAGCGAUGAAGGUAGAAUCUGUCUUAAAAACCGUACUCACACACUCGACCUUUAAAAAAACAGGAAAAAAAAAAACCAUCCAAGUGCUUUCAAACAAAUGCAAAAAAAAGAAGUCUGACCUCAGUGCCUCCUCUUUUACUGUGGUUCAAUAAGCAACAAAAGUGCGUCAGGGUUUUACCCUCAUGUGGGUUUUCCAGAUUUAAGUCACUCUUUGCUAAAAUGCACAGAGGUCAUUUUUAAUAAACAAACACCUCUUUGGGGGGGGGGGUCUGUGAUCGGUGCGGUUUUUCCUGUGUAAAUUCCCCUUUUCAUUCAUCUUGUAUUUUUUUACAUUAUGAAGCCCUCUUCAUAGAAAAGCUGCCAUUCUUCACUCUUCAACAUUGCGUUGAAUGUUAGCUGCACAAAAAAAAUCAAGGGAUGUUACCCAUAAUUCAACGUGCAGCCUGUUUUUAAAGAACCGGCGGUGGGUUUUUUUUAUCAAACGUUUGUGCCCUUAUGAUGGAGAAAUGUGCCUCAGUCCAACUUUUCUCUGUAUUUGUUUUUUUUGUACGCUACAGCACAGUAAUAAGAAAAAGCACCAACAAUGUGCCAGUCGUGUUUUUUACUCCGAUAUUUUGGAUGUUGAAGGGAAAAGAAAAGUUUUUACGACCCAAACUGUCUUCCAUGAAAUGAAUGAAUCAUUUUAUGCCUUCUGUGAUUGAUGAUUGAUUUCCUUUUUUUAAAAAUAUCUUCUUCUACUCAUCUCUCAUCCUAACACGCUCUCACUGUGCAGAAGACUGUAAGCACAAAAACAAAAGGCCAAAUUACUGAUCGAAAUGCCUUAACACGACUACUCGACACUGAGUAAUCCAGCAUUGUUCACUGUGGUUAGAUAUAAUGUGGCACAGCACUGCCUUUUUAGAUUACCAACCUGUCCUGCCUCUUCCCAAGUGCAUGCUGGGAAACAACUCUUGAAAGUCUAAACAGCAAAAAAUGGAGGGAUGAAUCAUAGACUGUGUAUAAGAAGUGGAUUUAAAGCCUUUUGGUUUGCAAAUUAUUUAAACUUUGUGUAUCUGGCAAAUCGUCACCAUUUCACCAAUUCUUGCACAAAACAUUAGGCUAGCUAGCAUUAUUUACGAGUUAACUAAACUGUUAGCUAGCCCUAAGGUAUGAGCGAACCAAAAUCGUUUGCUAGAUGACAGCAUGGUAAGCUAACAGUACUGUUAGCUAGCUCUGCAGUAUGUGUGAACCUUAAACUGUUGACAAAAAAAACCUCCCCCCACCACAACGCUUUAGCUAGCUUACCAUACUUUCAUCUAGCUAACAGUACUGUUAGCUAGCUUUGCAGAUUGUGCGAACUGUCGAUAAAACAGCCCCCGUCCCAUCAUCAACCAAAUAACUAGCUAACCUGACUCUCAUCUAGCUUACAUUACUGCCAGAUAAUUCUGCACUAUGUGUUUACCGUUUAUUGUCGACUAAACAGCCCCAAAAAUAAAUGAAUAUUAGCUCGUUAUCUUUACUGUUGGCUGGCAGACCUAGCUGUUCACUUUUCCUCAUGUACAGUAAUGUAUGCUAAUGUUAGCAUUCAUAUGACAGCGUUGUCCCUCCUGAUUUUAAGAGUCCAUUUUAGUCACAGAUCAAAUGCAAAGCUGUGAAUGCACAAUUAUCAUUCAGAUUCACGUCAUAUCCAACAUGUUGCAAACCUUUAACGACACAAUACCGCCUUAAAAUAGAAUUAUAGCGACCCAUCCUGUCAGCUGUGUGUUGUGAUUCUCUCAUGAGAAUAAUGGUUAUAAUGGUCCUAAUUACCCGUUUAAAAUCUUCGGUACGUCACAACAUGGAGUUCAUUCUGUAAAUGUUAUCACUGCACAAAAAGCAAGAUGGCAGCAGCCAAAAUGUCAGACGUAACACCCUCAGCCGCACAAAAAACCCAACGGGUAGCGUCACAAUGGCUACGUCCACUUGAUAUAUACAGUCUAUGAGACGGAUGGAGGUUUGCCUUAUUUGGCUCUUGGUGCUUCAUUCUUGCCUUAACUUAUGAAGGCUGCCGUUGUCGUUGCUAUUUUCUCCUUCAUGGAGUAUCUCAAGCUGUGUCGGACAUUUACAGUACCAUGUAUUCGUCCUGAGAUUGGUUUAUGUGUUGGAUAUCAGAAGAUGAGUUGCUUUGAAGCGUUGACCUUUAAGGGCUGGUGUUUCAUACACUGUGCAUCAUGUGGCUACCUGAACUCUGAGUUAAGGUUUUAGCCAGAGUAAACAUAUGUAACAAACAUUUUUUUAAGUGUUUUAUAUCAUCCUUAGAGGGCGACGUUAAAGACUCAAACAUUUAAGAAGAAUUCAGAGGAAGAUGUUUUUUUCUGGAUUGGGUUGAAAUGUCCGUUAGACUCACAUUUUAUAUUUGUCUUUGAACUUUAAUCAGCCAGUUUUGAAGGUAGUUGAGUUUCCCAAAAAUCGUAGCACCAGACAGUUGCACAGUGAGAAUUGAACUGGUCGCUCUCUGUUUUCUCUUAAUAGUCUCGAUAAGUGUUUUUUUUUUUUUUUGUCAGAUCAGCCAAAUGCGUUUAAAAAAGAAAAAAAAAAAGAAGCACAAAUUUCUGUAAUCGUGUUCAGUCUCAGCAAGCUGGUUCUUGCUGUCCCGACAACACUUUCAAAAAUAAACUUCACAGGGCUCCUUUCUCCACUUUCCCAUUCUUUUUUCUGUCUUUAUAUGUUGUAUUAAAACAGACUUUAAAGAGAGCAAAAUUGUGUAAAUGAUUCUCAUAAAUUGUACAUUUUUACCAAUAUCACAGCCACUUUUUGUCUUUAUGAUUUCUCAUCGUGCCUGUAUUAAAUGUGUAAUAUAUGAAUAUAUACAAAUAUAUUAAAAUGACUAAGUGUG